AUGCCAUCUCCUGUACCAUCAGAAGAUGCUCCCAGUACGCCUCGCAGAUUACGCACGGCGGCUGGAGGUUCUAGGACCCCAUCUAGACAAAAUGGAUCUCAAACACCUUCCAGAGAACCACCUCAAACACCCACUUCAAGAACUCCUCGAAGGGGUGCCGCCACACCUAGAAGAGAGGAGAUUUCUCCUGCAAAAAGCACAGCCUCUUCUACAAGGACCCCUAGAAAGGGCCGUGCAACACCUAGAAGAGAGGAGAUUUCUCCUGCAAAAAGCACAGCCUCUUCUACAAGGACCCCUAGAAAGGGCCGUGCAACACCUGCUAAGAGUAUGUCUUCUAUGGUUGAUACCCCCAUGAGAUGGGGAGGUGUCAGGAAUGAUAUUGAUGGCCAGAGCGAAAUUCCUUCAUCCCCAGCCCACAGUAUUGCUCCUACUAGUCCAGGCACAGGUUUGGCAAUGAGUGAAAUUGAUCUGAGUUCACCUCUGAAUUAUGGUACACCAAGUUCCUUGGGAUCUAUUAGGACUCCUAGGUCUGGUAUCAGAGGGACACCUAUUCGUAUGAGACCAGAUGUUAGGUCAGAUAAAAGAAUUCGCCAGGUCAAUGUUGGAGCAGAUAAUGCUCUUGAGGCAAUUCCUGAAAGUGAAGAAACAGACUCAACUGCCCCCCAUUUAGUUAUAUGGGGCACCAAUGUCUCUGUGGCAGAGUGUAAGGCAAAAUUCAAACAGUUUAUACUACGUUUCAUUGAUCCAAAUGCUGAAGUAGAUGAGAGGACAGAUGAAAUGAACCUUAAUGAACCUCUGUAUUUGCAAAAACUGGAAGAGAUUCAUACUUUGGAAGAACCUUUCUUGAAUGUAAAUUGUGCCCAUUUAGAAACAUAUGAUGCUAACUUAUACAGACAGUUGGUUUGUUACCCUCAAGAAGUCAUACCUACCUUUGAUAUGACAGUUAAUGAAAUGUUCUAUGAAAAAUACCCAGCAGCAGUUCUGGAACAUCAAAUUCAAGUUAGACCUUUUAAUGCUGAAAAGACAAAAAAUAUGAGGUCUCUUAAUCCAGAAGAUAUUGAUCAGUUGAUAACUAUCAGUGGUAUGGUAAUCCGUACAUCAAAUAUAAUGCCUGAGUUGAGGGAGGCUUUCUUCAAAUGCAUAGUGUGUCAAUUUUCAACUACCGUGGAGAUUGACAGGGGACGCAUUACAGAGCCAACUUUGUGUACCAGUUGUAACACAAACCAUUGCUUCACUCUGGUGCACAAUAGAUCACAAUUUUCUGAUAAACAGAUGAUCAAGCUUCAAGAAUCUCCAGAUGAUAUGCCUGCUGGUCAAACUCCCCACACGGUGGUUCUAUUCUCCCACAAUGAUUUGGUGGAUGCCGUGCAACCCGGAGACCGUGUUACAGUGACCGGGAUAUACAGAGCGCAGCCUCUACAAGUGAAUCCCAGAAACCGAAGCAUCCGCUCUGUCUAUAAAACGCACAUUGAUGUGCUGCAUUUCAGAAAGAUUGAUUCAAAGAGGCUGUAUGAAGAGGAAGAUGGGAAAGAUCAUCGGUUUACACCAGAAAGAAUCGAAUUACUUAACAUUUUAUCACAAAAGCCAGAUAUCUAUGAACGUCUAGCUAGAGCAAUCGCUCCGUCAAUUUACGAAAACGAAGAUAUCAAGAAGGGUAUUUUAUUGCAACUUUUCGGUGGGACUAAGAAAACCUUUACAACUUCAGGCAGAUCCAACUUCAGAGCGGAAAUCAAUAUUUUACUUUGCGGUGACCCAGGUACUUCAAAAUCUCAACUUCUUCAGUAUGUUUUCAAUUUGCUUCCGAGAAGUCAGUAUACUUCAGGAAAAGGAUCCUCAGCUGUGGGUUUGACAGCUUACAUCACUAAAGAUACAGAAACGAGACAGCUUGUACUUCAAACUGGGGCUUUAGUGUUGGCCGAUAAUGGUAUUUGUUGUAUAGAUGAGUUUGAUAAGAUGAAUGACUCGACAAGAAGUGUACUUCAUGAGGUUAUGGAACAACAAACGUUAAGUAUCGCUAAAGCCGGUAUUAUUUGCCAGUUGAAUGCAAGAACUUCGAUUUUGGCUGGUGCCAAUCCAUGUGAAUCACAGUGGAACAAAAAUAAGACUAUAAUUGAAAAUGUACAACUUCCACAUACCCUAUUGUCCAGGUUUGAUUUGAUUUUUUUGAUUCUGGAUCCACAAAAUGAAAUUUUUGACAGACGAUUGUCCCGACAUUUGGUAUCUCUUUACUACAAAACAAGAUCUGAGGAAGACGAUGAAAUUUUGGACAUGUCGAUAUUGAGAGACUACAUCGCGUAUGGCAAAGAGCACGUCCAUCCGAAGCUUAGCGAGGAAGCGUCCCAGAAACUCAUACAGUCCUACGUCGAUAUGCGGAAGAUCGGUUCGGGCCGCGGACAAAUCUCCGCUUAUCCCAGGCAACUGGAGUCCUUGAUCAGACUGUCCGAGGCGCAUGCUAAAGUUCGGUUCUCCGACACCGUGACAGUCGAGGACGUCGAAGAAGCUUACAGAUUACACCGAGAAGCAUUGAAACAAUCCGCCACAGAUCCGCUGUCCGGUAAGAUAGACGUCGGCAUCCUAACCACCGGUUUGAGUAGUGCUGCUCGUAAACGGAGAGUAGAGCUGGCACAAGCUGUCAAGAAAAUGAUCGAAGAGAAGGGCAACGUGCCGAACAUGAACUAUCAGAAGUUUUUCAUGGAGCUGAAAGAAAGUUCUACCACGAUGAUAACCCGGGAACAGUACGAAGAUGCCCUCAAAGAUUUACAGGAUGAUGGUAUAAUUGUUGUGAUGGGAAAAACUUCCAUAAGAGUUUGUAGGAACAGAGAUUAG